GGCACUUACUCAUUGGCAUAGAAAGGGAGAGUGAGUGAGGACAAAACUAGUCUAGGAUUUGAGUUUGAUUCUCUUUUGGUCUUUUCCACCUCCUAUCCACUCUUGUUAUUAUUUCUAUACAACUUGGUUUGGUCAUUGGUGUGUGGACAUUGCACCCCAAAACCAAAACCAAAACCACAUUGCCAUUAAGCCAUACCGUUAAAACUUAAAAGGGUGUGUUUUGAGUUUCACAAUUUGUUCCAUUCUUUUCAUCCUUUUACCACUCUUUCAUCAUAAAUUGGAGUCGCCUAUAGUUUCUUAUAUGCUACAAAAUAUAGAAGAAGAAAAAAAAAAGAAAGGAAGAUGAAUACAUUUAGUUCCGAAAUAUGCAGUAGUGGGUGUGAGUCUGGUUGGACUCUAUACCUGGAGAAUUCUUUCCUUAACCAGAAUGCUGCUGCUUCACAUAGAGGUGGAACUGAGGGGUUUUAUGAGGAGGAACACAAAGACAAAAGAUUCAAAGGUGAGGAGGAGGACUUGUCCAUGGUAUCUGAUGCUUCUUCUGGACCUCCACAUUUCCCAGAUUAUGAUGAGGCAUACUUCAAUGAAGAAGUCAAUGGUUGCUUUUAUUCAGCUUCCAACAAGGCAGUGAAGCUGGCCAAGAGUGGUGCAAAGAAGCAGAAAGUUAAAGAAAAUCAACAACACCUUCAAGAUCAGCAGCAUCUGCCUUCUUUUCUUCAUGACACUGCUAGCUCUCCUGUCUUUGACUUUUCCACUAACAAUGUUAAUGUGGCCAACCAACAAACUUCCAUAGGGAGUAUGCUAGAUUAUUCACAAGGUUUUUCUGCAACUUAUUUUGAGGGAAGACCAUCAUUCCAAGGAGAACACUUUGGUUUCUUACAAUCAGGAAAUGAGCUUCAAGGCAACAACAGAUGGUAUGGAGGGAAAGGGAUGGGGAUAAGGUGAAGAUAUAUCAGUUUUUGCUAAGGAUGGAGAAUCAUGGCGUUGAAGGAAUUUAGUAUUGAAAGGAACCCUGUACCUUUCUCUUCAUUUCUCUUGUUAAUGUAGUGGGAAACAACCUGAAAAGGCAAGUUAGAUUUUUUAUUAUAUUUUUUGCUGUAGAAAUUUUUAAUUUUCUUGUCAAUGAAUGAUGAUUACAAGGUAGUAGAUCAGUUAGGCAGGCUCUGUGUAUGUGUAAGCAUGCUCUCCUCUUGUUUUCCAUGAAGCCUCACUCUCAAUAUAAAUGCAGUACUAACA